GGUUGUCGCGGGGCACCGGGGCUGUUUACUCUGGGGUACCGGAGGACAGAGUUAACUGUCCUCCACUUCAGCUGUUUCCAAAAUCAUUCCUUUUCUGCUAGCAUCCCUGAUACAACCGCGAUUCCAGCUGAGGACCCGAUCUGGGUCUUUUCCUCCCAGGCCACCUUGUCGCCCCCUCGCGGAGUGCUGGGUUCAUCUGGCCUGCAGAACGCCCACGGCGGGUCACGAGCAGCAGAAGGCGUGGUGGUUGCGGUGGUGGAGCGACACAGCUGCCAACAGCUGGCUCAGCUGCUGCGCUGCGCUCGGGGACCAGCGAGUACGCAGCCCAGGUACAGCCCCUUCCCAGUGACGUCUCUGCAGCGGGUUAUAAAAGCCUAGUGCGCAGCCUGCCAAGGUUCUGCUAACUCCUGAGCCCAGAAGGACCCGCGCCAAGACGGAGAAGCUGCUGCGGGCGGCAGCAGAGGAGAGAAGCAAAAGGGAACUCACUCUCGCUGGAUGCGGACCCCAGAAUCCGGGCGGAGGACCAGAACUUUUGGGAGCGGAGCUGAGAGCGGCCCUUCUUCCCCCUCCAGCCCUCACUCAGCACCCAGCUUUGCCUUUCCCGCCGCCGCACGCAUGUUAGUGGGAGUUGCUAGCAGCAGCAGCAGGUGCACAAAGACCGGGUUGUCUUGCCGUCUAGAACUGUAAGGAGUACAAGUGUCUUAAGGCAAACGAGAGCCUACCUUGAAAGUGGAGGAAUUUAGAGGCACCAGGGCCAGGCAAAGAGCAUACACAGGAGAAGCAUCGCUCCUCUGAGCAAGUCUCCUGCUAACAAGGACUGAGUUCUGCCCAGGAAACUUCCCACCGUCUGUGUGGCAGGACCUGAAGCCUCAGGCGACUGCAACAAGGUUCUGCAGCAAAGAGGGGUGCGUGGUGUGUGUGUGUGUGUGUGUGUGUGUGUGUGUGUGUGUGUGUGUGUGUGCCUGUAAAGAGGCCAGGGCUUUGCUGCCUUGCUCCAACAUGGAUAAUGUACUUCCUGUGGACGGAGACCUCUUCCCCAACAUCUCCACCAACACUUCUGAGUCCAACCAGUUCGUGCAGCCUGCCUGGCAAAUUGUCCUUUGGGCUGUUGCCUACACCGUCAUCGUGGUGACCUCCGUGGUGGGCAAUGUGGUGGUGAUGUGGAUCAUCUUGGCCCAUAAGAGAAUGAGGACAGUGACCAAUUAUUUCCUGGUGAACCUGGCUUUUGCUGAGGCCUCCAUGGCUGCAUUCAAUACGGUGGUGAACUUCACCUACGCCGUCCACAACGAGUGGUACUAUGGUCUCUUCUACUGCAAGUUUCACAACUUCUUUCCCAUUGCUGCUGUCUUCGCCAGCAUCUACUCCAUGACUGCUGUGGCCUUCGACAGAUACAUGGCCAUCAUCCACCCCCUGCAGCCCCGGCUGUCGGCCACCGCUACCAAAGUGGUCAUCUUUGUCAUCUGGGUCCUGGCUCUCCUGCUGGCCUUUCCACAGGGCUACUACUCUACCACGGAGACUAUGCCCAGCAGAGUCGUGUGCAUGAUCGAGUGGCCGGAGCAUCCCUACAGGACUUAUGAGAAAGCGUACCACAUCUGUGUGACCGUGCUGAUCUACUUCCUGCCCCUGCUGGUGAUUGGCUAUGCAUACACUGUGGUAGGGAUCACACUGUGGGCCAGCGAGAUCCCCGGAGACUCCUCCAACCGUUACCAUGAGCAGGUCUCUGCCAAGCGCAAGGUGGUCAAAAUGAUGAUCGUGGUCGUAUGCACCUUCGCCAUCUGCUGGCUGCCCUUCCAUAUCUUCUUCCUCCUGCCCUACAUCAACCCAGAUCUCUACGUUAAGAAGUUUAUCCAGCAGGUCUACCUGGCCAUCAUGUGGCUGGCCAUGAGUUCCACCAUGUACAACCCCAUCAUCUACUGCUGCCUCAAUGACAGGUUCCGUGUGGGCUUCAAGCACGCCUUUCGCUGCUGCCCCUUCAUCAGUACCGGUGAUUAUGAGGGGCUGGAAAUGAAAUCCACCCGAUACCUCCAGACCCAGGGCAGCGUGUACAAGGUCAGCCGCCUGGAGACCACCAUCUCCACUGUGGUGGGAGCUCAUGAAGAGGAGCCAGAGGAAGGCCCCAAGGCCACCCCCUCAUCCCUGGAUCUCACCUCCAAUGGCUCUUCUCGCAGCAACUCGAAGACCAUGACAGAAAGCUCCAGCUUCUACUCUAACAUGCUGGCCUAGGCAGAGGGCACAUUUCAAGGGUAUGGCCACCAGCCCAUCCUGUGUCCUGAAUCAUUUAUUCAUGAAAGUCUUUAAUCUGGAAUCCAUUGGAAAUACCCUAACCCUGGAGCUUUUGGAAAGGGUCACAAUAGUUUAAGGAAAACAUUCCAUGCUGUAUUCAAUCUGGAUUCCUUCCUGUCCUUGUCCACCAUCCUCCAUGAUUGUGACCCAAGGCAGGUCAAUGAACUUGUAUAAAAUGAGAAGGCUGGACUUGAUCCCCUACAGUGCAUCCCAUGAUUCCUGAACUGACUUCAUCUGCAUGCAGGUACUCAUUUGGGAAGGUGUGCUGCAGUCGUAAAUCCAGCAGACCUACCUGCCUGGAGCUUCUGUCUUUCUUCAGUAAAGUCACGCUCAGCCAUGUGCAGACUAGCUCACACCACUCCAGGCUUCCACAAGACAGUGUGAAUAAGAGAAGGUGUGACAUAAAUCCAAACAAAAGCUGUAUCCCCCAGCUAAGCGCACAUGAAUAUAAAACACAUAUCCUCCUUUUUGGGACAUCUCAAUAUUUCAGUUCAUGUAAACAUCAUGGGAUGGACAACUGUGUCCUUUUCUGCAUUCUGUCCCCAAUGCAACCAAUUCUGACGGAAUAUGUCUACAGAGGCCACCUAAUGUGUAUUCUAACCAAGAGCCAAGAAACCAAUGCCAGGCUUGACCUAUCUGGGCCUCUUUCCACCAUCUUUGUAAAGCAACAGGGCUGAACCAAAUACUCUAAGUAUCCUUUUGAGUCUCAGUGUUCCAUGAUUUAAUGAUGUAUAUGCUUUGUUUUACCUCUCCCCCCCACCUCUCUCUCUCUCUCUCUCUCUCUCUCUCUCUCUCUCUCUCUCUCACACACACACACACACACACACACACACACACACACACACACGCACACAUACACUAAUUUUUUUAAAAUGGCAGUCUCAGAAAUACUAGGAUUGGCAACCCCUAGAGAUGGGUAUAUGUAAAUAUUCUUCUAUUGAUCUCAAAACCCUGGCCCAAACAUUCCUUCUCCAGGAAGAUUCUGGUCUUUGAUAGAGCAGAGGACUCCAUAGGAAAGCUUGGAUCUCUCCAGCAAGCUGAGUCCAUCUCUGAGAGCAGCAUCAGGAAGAUGAGUGUGUGAGCUUCCUGGCCUGGCUGCUCCUGUCUUCAUGCAGGGAUCCUAACUCAGAUUCUUCACUUUUUGCUACAUACAGUGUAGAGUGAGGAGGCUGCCCUCUGCUACAUUCCUGGAAGGAGGAGGAUUGCAUCUUCUCUUCAGACUCUGAAUCUUGCCCUCCUGCUCUACUUUGUUGGUCUCUGUCUAUAAGAGGUUGAAUGGUCCACCAAUCACAAAGGACACUUAGUCUGCCAAGAGCUGGGAACUGAAAGCAUCAUGUCCUGAUAGUUUCAGGGUCUCCAGCAGGUGAGCACACCAUUUCUGUCUCCCAGAGACAUGCCUUGCCCAGAUGUGGCUGGAAGCCAAAGCUUCCUGCAACAUUCAUGAAUGUCCUCCUGGUUCGGAUAAUUGGAUGCACAGAAGCUCCAUCCCUCACAUCCGAGAGAACAAUGCCACCCACCACCAGGGUUUGUAGCUUUUGCCAGCCUUGUUGGCUCUAACCCUAUGAGGGAAUUAGCAUGCCUGGGGGAGGCAAUGAUUGUAUAAAAAAAAAAAGUGGUAUAAGCCAGAAAAAAAGAAACAAAGGCAUAUUCUGCAGCUCAUCAUGGGAAAUGUUUAAUAAACUAGGUAAAUCCUGCUCAAUGACACUCUAUGAGUGGAAAAUAAAUGUAGGGGCAACAAAAGUCAAUGCCCAAAUUGUUAACUAUACUUCCAAUAAAGAAUCUUUCUACAUGUGGAUGCAAAGUAACGUGGUUAUGAGAAGUACCCAAGAAGCAAGUGUUGAAGACAUCCCAUCUACAGAAGAGAAGGUUAGGGUAGAGUUGGCAAGGGUCUACGGAGUGCCUGCUCUGAACUUUGCCCUGGGCUGAGGACACACAGCUCCUUCCACCCGCAGGAGCGUCCUGUGCCUGCCAUUCCUGAUACACCAGUCCUGGGGAAGCCAGGCUGCUCACCAGUUCUGGAGGCACUGAGAAGCAGAAUCUCCCCAGGGUUUUAAAGACUGACUUUCAAUAUGUGGACUUAAGCCAAAGGGUGAGGCUCUCAGAGCCUCUGCAAUGGCAGUUCUCUGAGUCAGCCCAGCGGACCUUAAGGACUGAGAUGAGCAAUUUCAUUCCAUGUGUGGUAAGAGGGAAGACAAGAUGGACCUGGGCUUUAUGGAUAUGGCAAAGCAUCCCUUACAGAGGACCAGCGAGCUUCCCACUCCCCCUGCUCCAAAGUCCAUUUAAUUUGUAGAAAUGUCAAUUCCUGUGUGUGAGAACACUGUGAUUUGUGCUCUGUGCAUGGGUCUCUUAUUGAAAUGUGUCACCCUGUGUUUAUCUCCUAUGAGUUUCCUUGAUGUACCCUCCAGUAGUGAUAGACUGGGAGUCACCCUGGGCCAUCCUUCCUGUGUUACCUCUAGCCUGUGGGAUUCCAGUGCCAUUGGCAUGCUCCCUCUGUGCCAGUCUCCUCCCACCACCAUUCUUGGUCAGAAAGGAGCUCUGAAGUGUACCUCAUACUCAAUAGAACAGAAGGGUGGGGAAGGGACCCUGUGGAAGGACACCCUUAACCCUUCAGCAGAACGCUAAUACAAGGGGUUGAGUGGAUCCUAGGAAAGGAGGGGCUCAGGCCUGGGGAAGAGACUGUCCAUGGAGAGGGGUCUGUGUUUGGGGCCUGGGAUGCUGGAAAGAAUCUCUUAUGGAAAUAAAGUUAUGCUUUCAGCCA